GGCGCCCGCGGUCCGCAUUGAAUCCCUCACCCUUCCUUUGAUGCCACACGUCAGCAGCUCUAGCUGAGUCGGACUUGCACCUCUAGCUGAGUCGGGCGAGUGCCGAUGUGGCAGCUGGCCGCGGUCACGUGACCGAGCGUGACCCUUGUGCGGGCCGAGUAGAGGGCGUUGUUUUGUGCCCGGUGUGCUGAGGGGCGGACGUGUGAGCUGGAGCUGCGCGAAAUGCAGAGUGAGCACCGCGGAGUCGGGCUGCUCGUGAGUCCGGGGAUGUUUGGCGGCCGAGCUGUGGCUGUGGGUUCCCCCGUGACGGACUGUGUGGACGGAGCGAUCUUCGUGAUGAGAUCGACUUGUUGAGCGCCGGAGACGUGAACAGCCGGUAUGUCAAACGUUGCGUCUGAAUUACUGUACGAAGUUGCCCGAAUUGUUAAGUGUUAAUUAAUCGAGUAAAUGAUAGCGCUAAUAGUAACUUUGGUUCUAGAAUUGCAGCAAUAUUUAUUUCAUGUUAUGUUCAAUGCACGGCUCACAAUAUGUCGUUUUGUUCGGACAUGUCGAUUGUGGACGUGAUUGUGUACUGACCGGUGCAUUGUCUGUGUGUUUGUGUCCGGGCAGUAACGGACAGUUUCGGACUGCCUCGAGAGCUGCAGACGAAUAGAGGUCCAGUUGACGGCACAGCGUGUUUGACUACGAGGGCGCUCGGUUUGGCCCACGGCUGAGGCCGUGGCGGCUACAGUUACGGCUGAGUCUUCAUCGGCCACGCCCGUCUGCGUCCGUCGGCCUCUCCGCUGCGCUGCGGUUGAGGACGCCAGCCCGCGGCCGAGUGAGACUGUCUCCGAUCGUGGGUGAGUGAUUCUGGCAUCGUGCCAGGUCGGGAGGACGAUAGAAGCCGGGUGGCCUGUCGCCUCUGGUGACUGUGCGCGGUGGCCGCGAGCACUAGCCCGAGGCUACAGUGGUUGGUGCCCGGGGCUACAGGUGAUUGUGCUUCACGGUGUUUCGGGACGCCGGUGAAUAGGGGUCGGUCAGCUCCGCCGUGAGCAGUUGGGCUGUUGAUAAGCGAUGGACGCCGGGUUUGGGGUGGUGUGUAUUGUGUGUGCACUACGCUAGUAAUAUCGUUAGUGUUUAAGUAGUAGUAUUAGUGUUUAAGGUGUGUGUUUAUUUAUUUGUGAUUGCACAGGUUGUGUUAUGCGGAGUAGGUGUUUAAAAUAGCUGAUGUGGCUUAAUCCUGGUUCCUUGUUCGUAAUUCUCCUCAUCUUUUUGUCCUCUGCAUUCACAAUGGCACCUACCAGGGAAGAUUUGAACAGGCUAAAACUGACCGAGUUACAGAGAGAGCUAGAGUCUAGGGGACUUGAUAUCACAGGUAAGAAGAACGAGUUAGUGGAUAGGCUGUUUGAGGCACUGAUAGAAUCAGAGACGCCCCCUCCAGCGCAGAGGGAAAGUCCUCAAAUGCCCCUUGUGGCACCCGAGUCGGGAUCUGCGGUUCCUGAUGCUUCCCUACUCUUAGCUCGUUUAAGAAUUAUCCAGGAGAGACAGCUGGUUGAGCAGGAGAGGAUUUCAGUUAGGGCAAAGGCGGAGCAGGAUGAUUCGAGGCUUCAGGCUCGAUCGGAGCAGUUACAGAUAGAGUUGCAACUUGCUGAAGUGGGUCACUAUGACGAAGCUGCCCUUGAGCCCCUGAGGGUCUCUACAGCUAGUCAGGCUCCACAGUCAGAGUCCGCGAGUGCACUGUCCUCGCAGGUGAGGCGUGCUCUGCUCCCUCCCACGGAGCUACGUCCAUUCACAGGUAACGUGGAAGAUUUUCGUUUAUUUAUGAGCGCCUUCGAGGCUCGUGUUGCCAGUAAGACUGAUGAUCAGGAGGAACUUUUAUUUUAUUUGGAACAGUUCACUAGUGGGAAACCGAACCAGCUGGUGAGGAGCUGUCUUCACCUGGGUGCUGCUGGAUUCGUUGAGGCCAAGCAGUUACUCGAGACGCGGUACGGUAACACAAUAUGUUUAGUUGACUCAUACGUUGAGAAGGUAAAGGGGUGGUCUCGGAUCCUACCCGGAGAUGUGGAAUCACUGGACAAGUUUGUUCUGUUUCUGACGGAAGUAAAGAACGCCGUCUCUGGCGUAGCUUUGAGUGAAUUCGAACAUCCAUCCACUCUCCGCCUGAUAGUUUCUAAAGUUCCUUCUCACCUGCAGGAUCGGUGGCUUAGAGAAGUAGACCGCCUAUGCCAGGAGGGGCGCGCUGUCAGGUUUUCCGAUUUAGUUAAGUUUUUGGCCGCUGAGGUUCGGGUCAAGAAGAAUCCGCUUUUUGGCCUUCGUUCUGCCAAUGCUGACCGCCGGCCGGAGGCUCCUGGUGGACCUCGGAGGCACACGGUCAAUGCGGCGCACGUGACAGCGCCGGGGACUCAGCGCUGCGUCUACUGUGGCGGUCCCCACAGUGUGGCGGACUGUGAGGUGCUGAGGAUGAGGCCGUGGGUCGAGCGGCGAAAGGUCUUUAUGCAGCAUAAGCUAUGUUUUGGGUGCCUAAAGGCGGGGCACCAGGUUCGGUCCUGCCGGCGGCCGCUGGUCUGCGGCGUCUGUGGCGGGCUCCAUCCCUCUGUCAUGCAUGGCGAACCGGGCGGGGGACCGGCACCACCUUGGGUUUCAGGCUCUCGGCCGGAUCAGUGGCAUCAGCGGCCGAGUCCUCGCGGUAGUACGUCUCAGAGGAUGCAGCCAAAUGACAUGAUUCCGCCCGGCGGAGUCGGGACAGCGGUGGUUCCGCACCGCGGCGGCGCGGGUCAGCCCAUGAGUGCGCCGGUGGCGCCGCCUGCUGGUGCGGCGGUGGCGACACCUGUUGGUACGGCGAUGGCGCAGUCCGCCGCGACGGCGGAGUCUGCAUCGCGCGGUGGAUCCGCAGGCGCUGUUGUAAGUGCAAGCCUUGGACUGCAGGGUGCAGGUCGCACGGCCCUCCCUGUAGUUGCGGUGCGGCUUCGUGCUCCAACAGGCAAAGUGAUCGUGACGAAUGGGUUUUUUGAUCAAGGGUCGUCGGGAAGCUUCCUGACUGAGCGACUCGCAGAGCGUUUGGGAGUGCAAACUGAGCGCACGACCAUCUCUAUCGAGACCGUGGGUAACGAUAGGAGGAGCAUGUCCACUUCGAUAGCUCCAGGGUUAGAAGUAAGCGCUCUAAACGGCGAUGAGUUCCACCCUCUACCGCCACUAUUGACUAUUGACGCGCUUCCGGUCACCCAGGCCGACCGAUGUCAGGGAAGUGAGCUAAAGGCUGCGUCCCACCUGGACGGUGUAGAGCUUCCAGAGCUGGAUGUACCGGUGGAAGUUCUGAUCGGUUCUAACUGUGCCGAACUGAUUGUGGCGAGAGAGGUUCGUUCUCCUCCCCAGGGCGAGACUGGUCUGUGUGCUGUGCGAACUGUACUGGGCUGGUAUGUGAUGGGACCGGUCCGGGAAGCCACCGGUUCGGGAGAGAGGUUCACGGUGAACUUUCUGAGGGUGCAGGAGAUGUCUGUUUCUGACCAUGACGCUGAGGAUAGUUUGUACAGGAAGAUGUAUGAUGAUGACUUCAAGGAUUUGUCUGACGAUCGUGAGCGCUUCUCUGUGGAAGCUCACACUGAUGGCUCAAAGGUGGCCGAGUGGGCGCAGGUGCCAUCCAAGUUGAACCCCGCCGAUGUAGGUUCUCGUGGCUGUUAUCCUUCAGGCCUGGGACCGUGGCUGAGGGGACCUGAGUUUUUGGAUGGUGAGGCUGGUAGCUGGCCCUCAGACCCAGCUGUUCACGCUGAGAUCCCUCCGAUUGAGGUGAAGUCCGCUCCAGUGACAGUGGCUCCGGUGUCUGCCGGCACCGGACAGAAGGGUCCAACGGACGCUCUAAUCAGUCAUUUUUCGUCCUUUGACAGACUCAAACGGGCGGUGGCAUGGUAUCGGAGGUUCUUCUGUGUCAUCCGGAAUGGUUCAUUUCGCAGGUGGUGCAUGACCCGCCGAAGGGGGCUUCGGCGGCGUGACCACGUUGGCGAGGCCUCUCUGGUUGUGUCCGACCUGCAUGAGGCGGAGCGUGCGAUCUUGCGGCACGUCCAGCGGGAGCUCCCCGAAUUUCCCGGUAGAGACUGUGACGAUGGUCCAACUGAAGUGAGUUCGAGUAGUCCUCUGAGAAAGUUACGGCCGACCAUGCAGAGUGGUCUGCUGGUGGUUGGUGGUAGGCUGUCUCGAUCUGAUUGUGUCUCUGAGAGUGAGAAACACCCGGUGAUUCUCCCCCGGGAUAGUCACGUGACACGAUUGGUGAUCAGAGAGGCUCACCAGAGAGUUGGUCACGGGGGGAGAGACCACACUUUUUGGGACCUGAGACGUAAGUUUUGGGUCAUUGGAGCGGGAACAGAGGUCCGGAGGUUGAUCCGAUCUUGUGUGGUGUGUAGACGGGUAAAUGCCCGUCCCCAGCAUCAACUGAUGGCUGAGCAUUCCCAUUCCUGGUGAGUUUCUGAGGCCGACUCACUGCCGCGGCGCCGAUGGCGUCAUGUACAGUACUUGGCUCAGGAGUUCUGGCACCGCUGGAAGCGGGAGUACUUGUUAUCACUGCAGACGCGACAGAAGUGGACGCGUACUGCCACGAACCUGGGACCGGGUGAUAUUGUUUUGUUAGUAGAUCAAGAUGUACCUAGAGGUAAGUGGCGGAUGGGGAAGAUAGUUAAGG